UACCACGCGUUAUUCAAGUGUUACAUGUCGCUGCCAUCAUUUACAGUUAAUAUUAGUAUUUCUUGACCAAGUAUGCGGCGUUCUCGUAAUGCCCAGCGUGACCUUUUAGUGCCUCUUGCAGAAAUGCCGUAUACAGCAAUCGCUGUUGUGACCUUUAUUGCUGCUGUCGUCUGUGGCUCACCGGUGAACGUUAUCUUAUUUGAAAUCGGUUUGGGUGGCAACCGUACCGCCACGUCGUACCUGAACGUAGCUCCCGCGUUCAGUCUCGCUGAACAGCAGUUAAAUGCCCGCUAUGGAGAGAAUCUGAAGUUCAUGCACGUGCAUAAAUAUGAUAAGAAUAUCUCUGUGUGUGUUCUGGACGAGAAAAAAGGGGUUAUGGGUCUGGACACUAAAGCCACGUUCUGGACAACCAAGUUUUAUUACCGGGAACGCUCGUCUAACGAUUCCGUUAUGGCCAUCUUCGGACCCGGCUGCAGCAUUUCAGGAAAUUCCGUAGCUAGCUUAGCCAAAGCUUGGGACAAGCCUCUGAUCUUUGGGGUCCCGGGCAGUGCGCUGGCUUUCAAUAAAACCCGGUACCCGACCCUGACGCGUUUGUCGCCCUAUACACCGGAGAAUUUCGCCAGCUUUCUCCUGAAACUACUGGGGAAGUAUCAGUAUAAUUCCAUCGGCGUACUGUGUGACGCGUCCAAUGACAACCUUUCUCUGUUUCUGCCACUGUGCUAUGAUCUAAAAGAUAAGACAACACUGCCCAAGAACAACAUAAACGCGUCGCAUUACUUGGUUAACUCAGACGACAGGAGGAAUCUGUCCGAUUACCUGGGACAGCUUCGUUUGGUAACGAGAGUGAUUUUCAUUGUUGCUGAAAGUAGACGUUUCCGGCAAAUUAUGUUAAUGGCAUCCGAAAAGAACAUGACAAAUGGCGAAUAUGUUUAUUUUGCCCUCGAAGUGUACCGUAGCCCCACGUUCUUCGGGAAUAGCUCAUGGAAUACCGGCAACAUAGAUGGAAGAGACGAGGAGGCCAAAGAAGCCUACAAGUCCAUGUUCAUCAUGUCCUUACGUGAAGAUGCCAGCGAGAAAACUACCCAGCAGCUUCUCCUCAAUGUCUCCAACAGCGAGCGUUACACAGUGAACGGCUCGCGGCCAAACCAGCGGGAAAUCGCUAACCCUUUUGCGCUGGGAUUCUACGAAGCACUUCUGAUCUACGGACAAGUGUUGAAUGAAACAUACGCCGGCGGUGGCAACUUAUCGGCCGGCGAAGAGAUAUCUCAUAAAAUGUGGAACAGAACCUUUAAUCUGGAGGGGAAACGCAUCGUGAUGAAUGCCAACGGUGACCGAGAAUCGGACUACUCGAUCGCGCAGAUGGAUUACAACAGCGGUCAAUUUCAGCCGGUGCUGGAGUACCGUGCAGACACUCGGCGCAUCCACCCGGUGCUGACCAGUGAGGGAAAAGAACGCGAAAUCAAGUGGUACAACCGCGAUUCGCCGCCACCUAACCGACCGCGCUGUGGAUACCUCGACAACGAUGCAGUCUGCAUUCGGGAGCAAAACAUUAUCUUGGCCGCGUCCGUCGUCUCCGCAGUAAUUUUCGUGGGGAUUGUCUCGGUUAUUGCGUUACUCGUUUACCGAAAGCGUAAACUGGAAGCAGCCAUUAAUGAUCCAUGGUGGAGAGUGCCUCCCGAGGAAAUCAGCGCCAAAUCAGACCGACAUGGUCUUUCCGUGUCUAUCAGCCGAUUAAGCCUAGGCAAUAUGAGCGUCGCAGACGGGGCAAGUUCCGCUGGUGGGCAUUCGCAAGUGUUUGCCAAAACCGCACAGUACAAGAACAAAGUGGUGUGUGUCAAGAAACUGCAGACAUCGCGACGCUUCCAUGCAACGCGCAAAGAACUGAAAGAAAUCAAAAAGUUACAUGACAUCAACAAUGACAACAUGAACCCGUUGGUGGGUAUCGCCGUCGAAGACGCCCAGGUGCAGGUGCUGUUCGAAUACUGCCAGAAAGGUAGUUUGGCCGAUGUCCUGGAGAAUGAGGCAAUCAAGCUGGAUUGGUCGUUCCGGUAUUCCCUGAUCGGUGACAUUGUAUCGGGCCUGGCAUACCUCCAUGAUUCACCCAUUAAAUCACACGGCAACUUGACCAGCUCCAACUGUGUGAUCGACAACCGGUUCGUACUAAAGAUUACGGAUUACGGGUUGGGUUUCCUGCAACCGUUCCUGAAUAAGAAUGUGGAGCUGGCGAAAACGGAUGAAGGACGGCUGUUAUGGCGUGCUCCGGAGCACUUGCGAGCGCAGAUGCCGCCGCAAGGAACUCCAGAAGGCGAUGUUUACAGUUUUGCGAUCAUCCUGCAAGAAAUAGUGCUACGAUGCCAUCCAUACGGUUCGCCGGAUCCCGCUCGCUUACCUAUGGAACCAUACGCCAUUGUGGCACAAGUGGCGAAAGGCACCGACCCGCCGCUGCGUCCACAUGUUUCGGGUGACGCUUGUCCCCCGGAACUGCGCAGCAUCAUGGAGCACUCAUGGAGCGAGGCACCGGAAGCGCGUCCCACUUUGAAAGACAUCAAAGGCCAGCUGAAGAAAAUUCCUGGGGCGGAACAAGGCAAUCUUAUGGACAAUCUAAUGAAGCGUAUGGAAGCCUAUGCCACGGAUCUGGAGGGUCUGGUGAUGCUGCGUACCGAGCAAGUUUACCAGGAAAAGCAGAAGUCGGAGAACCUCCUGUUCGAGGUCUUACCACGAUCGGUGGCCAACCGCUUGAAGCAAGGAGAAACCGUGGAACCGGAAGCUUACGAUGAGUGCUCCAUUUAUUUCAGCGAUAUUGUCGGGUUCACCACGCUGUCGGCGUCUAGCACACCGCUGCAAGUGGUCGAUCUGCUGAAUGACCUUUACACACUGUUCGACGGCAUUCUGGAUGGAUUCGAUGUGUAUAAAGUGGAAACGAUUGGGGAUGCAUACAUGGUUGUCAGUGGACUGCCCAUCCGCAACGGUAACCUGCACGCUCGCGAGAUCGCUCGCACCUCCCUGAUGCUGUUGGAGGGGAUCAAACGCUUCAGAAUCCGCCAUCGUCCCACGGAGCAACUGCGACUGCGUAUUGGCAAUCACUCCGGACCGGCUGUCGCUGGGGUAGUGGGACUGAAGAUGCCACGCUACUGCUUAUUUGGAGUAACGGUGACGAUUGCCAACAAAAUGGAAAGCAUGGGUGAAGCAUUAAAAAUCCACAUUAGCGACGACAAUAAAGUCAUCCUGGAUGGUUUCGGCACCUUCGACGUUACGUUGCGCGGUGAACUCGAUGUCAAGGGAAUUGGUCCAAUGGUGACCUGGUGGCUUAACUCGGAGAAUGUGGAAGAACCGCCACCUCUGGAUGAAGUCCCGCCAUCUGGCUCGCAGACCACUGUGGAGGCCACUUUGGAGCACCCGGAAUAAAAACAGACACCACAGUAGAAACUAACGGGACAUUGUACAUUUUAAUGGAUCUCAUUGCUGAAUAUAAUUCCGUUUUGCUACUCUCCUUUUCGUAACUCCUUGUGGGUUUUUUGUCCUUCGAAACCACGCUUUUGCACCUGUCAAGCAUGCUGCUUGUCUAUUGGACGGUCAUUUGCGCGUAUGGCUAGCCGUUCGGAACAGUUAACUAUGUAACAAGUACAGAACUAUUUGACUCGCACUGG